AUGAAUAUUCAAAUUUCAGAUAUACAUUCCGAUUCUAUAAUAUCCUUGAAAAAUGCAAUCACAUCUUUAACAGCUAAAUGUUCUGCUAAAUUUCAAGCUGCCCAGCGAAUAAAAAACCGAUUUGAAUUGAAAAAUUGCGAGUGGCUGAACUCAAACUUUAACGUUCCUACAUUGCAAUUAAUUAAUGAUUGUUACAAUGAAAAAGCUUGUUAUAAUUCUACAAUUGGUUUUGGUCGUCCAAUUAAAGAAUUUGAAGACAAAUCUGAUCGAUCGAAGCGUCGAGAAGCUGCAACAAUUAGUGCACAACAUAAUCACGAUCCAUGGAGAAUUCUUGCAGCAUGUCGGUAUGCAGCGAGACGUUCGGGAGAAAAAGAUUUAUCUUCUACUCUAAAUGAACUUUCUAAAAAUCCAGAAAGACCUAAAAAAAUCCGAAAAUUAUUAAAUACGACUACAACUGAAAUUAUAAAAAAGACUCCGUUAGAAGCCUUGGGAUUCAUACUGGAUCACUCUGUAUCUCGAUAUUUGUAUACUGAUAUGCGAUUGCAAUCAAAAUCAUCUGGUGCAGAUAUUUGGCCACCUUACGAUAAGAUUAGAGAAGCCAAAGCACAAUUACGACCGCCGAAGGAGACUAUUUUCAUUGAUGAGUGCGUAGCCAAGGUUCCACUUCAGGCAUUAUUAAAUCACACUGCCGAGCGGCUCGUGUUGUUACAAAAAGAAGUUGUUCUUCAUGCUUUAAAUAUUUCGAAUUUAACAGAAAUAGCAAUAGUACUGUCGUGUUCUUGGGGGUUUGAUGGUAGUAGUGGAUUCUCUUCUUAUAAGCAACAGUACAAAGGUGAGCAUAAAAAUGAAAAUGUAAGCGAUGAGAACCUAUUCGCUACUACAUUGAUCCCACUAAGAUUAUCAACAGAAAAUGGAUUAAUAAUAUGGAACAACAACAGUUCGCAGUCUGAAAGAUUCUGUCGUCCAAUUGAGCUACGGUAUAUCAAAGAAUCAAAGAAUGUCAUACUGCAGCAAAAGGAAAUAUUUGAAAAUGAAAUUAAACAACUGCAAACGUUGAAAAUUGUAUUGGAUGAUCGUUCUAUAUUUGUUCAUUUUGCAUUACACCUUACCUUAAUAGACGGUAAAGUAUUAGCCAUAAUUACGAAUACGUCAAUGCAAAGUUGUCCUAUUUGCCAUGCUACGCCGAAGAAUUUUAAUGACUUAUCACAUACACCAACCAAAACUUUAUUUGAGCCUGAUCCUAAAUCUUUUCAAUUUGGAAUCAGUCCCUUACACGCAUGGAUCAGAUUCUUAGAAUGCUGUUUACAUAUUGCUUAUAGAUUGGACAUACAAAAAUGGCAAGUGAGACUCAAUGAUGAUAAAAUUAAAUUUGCAGAACGAAAGGCCUAUGUUCAAAAAAUCAUUUGGGGAAAACUAGGUUUAAAAGUCGAUAUGCCUAAACCAGGCGGUAGUGGUACCAGCAAUGACGGUAACACGGCUCGUAGAGCAUUUCAAGAUCCUGCUCUGUUUGCUACUUGUCUUGGUCUAAAGCAAACAUUGAUUGAAAACUUUCGAAUUAUUUUAAUUGCUCUUUCUUGUAAGUUUCCUCUCAAUGCAAAUCUAUUUGAAGAAUAUUGUAGAUCUACUGCUGAGAUUUAUGUUUCUGAGUACAAAUGGUAUCCUAUGCCACCAACAGUACACAAAAUCUUAAUGCAUUCUGGCCAGAUUAUUCGAAAUAGUGCAUUUCCUUUAGGGAUGCUUGGAGAAGAAGCUUCCGAAGCUAGGAAUAAAAAUUAUAAGAACUUUCGAGAGUUUCAUUCCAGGAAGCAUAGCCGUAUAGCAAACCUCACUGAUAUGUUCAACAGAGCAUUGGAUUCGUCAGAUCCUGUUUUAUCAACGAUGUGUCUUAAUUCUCGAAUUCGAAAAAGGAAACAAUUAUCUUUACCUCAUGCAGUCAGAAAUUUACUUCUAACUCUUAAUGUACAAAGUACUACCUCCGAAGCACAUGCUGAGGAAGUGGAAGCAGCAGAAUUGGACUGGAUUGGAUUAUCAGAGACUGAUGAGCAGCAGUUAGAUAAACUAGAGCUAUCGGAUGAAGAAUGCGAAUGCUAAGAGUACAAAAGAUAGUACUGACUCUACAUAUAAUACAAGCGUAAUAUAUUUAAAAACGCAAAAAUAAAAAGUACAAUAUAAUAAAAAUACAUACAAAAU